CGGAAAAGGCCGGACCUAAGAUGGCGGCGCCCACGGGUGCCAGGAAGAGCUGCUCAUGUCCGGGAACGGAGCGGUGUGGGGUCGCGUGCGAAGACGCCUCCGUGCCUUCCCCGAGCGCCUGGCGGCCUGUGGGGCCGAGGCCGCGGCCUACGGCAGGUGCGUGCAGGCGUCCACGGUCCCGGGCGGCCGUUUGAGGAAGGAUCUCUGCGCGCAGGAGUUCGAGGCCUUACGGAGCUGCUUCGCUGCCGCGGCCAAGAAGACCCUGACGGGAGGCCAUUAGGAAGGACUGCGAGCUCCACUCCAUGUCCCCGGGCACCUGGCCCUGAUGGCCCCAAAGGGGAAAUGUCUAAAACCUUAAAAGCUCUUGGGGCUAAAAGGACUGGAAACACAUUAGGCAAGUGCGGGCAGAGGGGAAUGGGUUUUCCAGCCUCGUGCACUUAAGGAUUUGGGAGAGAAUAAGAUGCAGUGAACUCACAAUAAAGACCAGAUCAGAUGCUGCAAGAUCUGUUUUGUUGUCUGCAGAGUGAGCGAACGCGUGGGCAGUAGAACA